AUGUCUGCUCCCUCGCUCCCCGACUCGCCGCGCUCGCUGCCCAUAACGCCCCAGGACGAGCACACCGCCAUGAUCCUGCCCCCGUCCCGCACCACAGCCAAGGCCCCCGCCUUCAUCGCCCUCCCAGCCCCGUCCCCCGCCUUCAACACCUUCGUCUUUCCCCCAAUCACCUCGCCACCGGCCAGGUCUACUUCCUCGCUCGACGUCCUCCCCAACGAGGAGUUCGUCUUUGGCGACUGUCCCGCCCAGCCCUUUUUCGGCACCCCCGUCGCAGAGCAGGGCCCCUUCGAGUACCCAGACGUCGUCGGCAGCAGCAGCCCCACCCACAGCUCCCCUCGCAGCUCGUCUUUCCGCACGCGCCGGCCGCUGUCCAUCUCUUCUCAGAACUCCCUGCACUCUGAGCCCGUAUCGCCCCCCAAAGCGCGCAGGGGCAGCACAAAUUCUAGCGUCGCCACUCCCCCCACGGCCCGGCGCCCGUCCAUUGUGCACUCUGCCACGGUGGAGGGGACGGUGCCAGUCAGCGCCGAUACCACCCCCUGCCACACGCCCCUCCCUCCCCCUCUGGCGCUUCCCAGACACCGCACGGCAGCAGUCAUGUACCAACAAAAAGCCAUGCCUGCCCCCAUCCCACCCUCUCUCCUCGCGCGCCGUGGCUCGCUCCCCGCCGCGCAGCUUUUCGGUCUGCCCCUCCAAGACUUGCAAAACAGGUCCAAGAGCGUCAACCAUGGGCCGGUCAUCACUGCCGCAUCGCUGUACCAACGGCGGCAGAGCGUCGUCUCUGACUCUGCGGCCAACCCGCCGCUACAAGUCGUACCUCCACCCACAUUCAAUCCCGAGCGACGCCCUUCCCUCCCUGCCAUCUCACCAUCCUUCGCCUUUCCUCCACGUAUCACCAAAGUCUCCCGCUCCACCUCCAUCUCCCACGCCCCCCGCCGACCGCUGUCAUCCCUCCUAUCUUCCUCCCCGAGAACGCGGCAGCUCCACCACCUCCCACCGCCUCUUGGUAUUCCGCCUUCUCCCCGAUCAUCAUCGCAUGGGCGACUGUCGUCGACGACUUCGAGCGAUGAAGAUGAGCCGGAAACGCCUUUACCGCGAGUUCCUCGGCUUGACCAGCCGGCUGUCGUAGGGCUCUGGGCAGGAGAGGAAGAAGUGGAGAGCCCGGUAGUGGCCAUGUCUAUGGAAGGUGAGGUGCAAAAGGCGCUUCCUAUCCCUAUGUCGGUGAUUGGAGGCGAUGAGGUGGCACCGCUUGAAUCGCUCGGGCUGGAAACGGUAUUCGAGAGACCGCCUCUGGAGACUAUUGAGAGCGGGGAUAGUGUUGAGACGGUCAAGGAGUGA